CGGGACGGACUUCCCAUCUCACCUUUCAGCCUGAAAACAAAAAAAAACAAAAAUUAAUCUGAGUCCUUAUUUGAGGUGCAAUGUUUCCUUUGCCCACCUCCCAACCCUCGUUGGAAUCUGUAUAAUUGAUUUAUUCAUCGUUUCAUAUCUACCUUAGCUUGGGAAAUCAAUUCCCUCUCAUUCUUUCUUGUUCUCUUCCUCAUCGGGUGGCGCCCCGUCCUCCCCCAUUCGAACCUACCUCCGCCCGCCGCAUCCCCGUGGUCUGGUCCGCACCACGAUCUGGUGGAUUGCGGUGUUUUUCGAUUUCUUUUUGCAAUGAGCUUGACAUCGCGCGUGUUUGGCCUGUUCACAACGACAGAGAACUCGGCUUCGAAUUCAGACGCCCCUGCGGCGCCCUCGACCUCACAGUCGCAAGCUGCGACACCCGCCGGCGACCAUGCUUUCCAGACGGCGGGCUCGAUGAGCAGUCGGGUGCAGACUGCACCGGCGUAUAAUGAGGAGGAGGAGCCGCGGCCGCCUUAUCUUCAUGCAAUGCUUGCAGGAGGUACGGGCGGAACUUGUGGAGAUAUGCUCAUGCAUUCGCUCGAUACGGUCAAAACGCGGCAGCAGGGCGAUCCGACGUUCCCGCCGAAAUACCAUUCGAUGACUUCGUCGUAUGCUACGAUCUAUCGACAGGAGGGGCUGAUGCGUGGACUGUAUGGUGGUGUGACGCCUGCGCUGUGGGGGUCGUUCCCCGGGACGGUUAUAUUCUUUGGGAUGUAUGAGUUCACGAAGAGAAAGAUGAUCGAUGCGGGGAUCACGCCGGAUUUGGCGUAUCUGUCUGGAGGCUUCUUUGCCGAUCUGGCUGCCUCUGUGGUGUAUGUGCCGUCCGAGGUCUUGAAGACCCGGUUACAGCUGCAAGGCCGCUUCAACAACCCCCACUUCCCGCAAUCCGGCUACAACUACCGCGGGACGACCGACGCCCUCCGCACGAUCAUCCGGCAAGAAGGCUUCUCGGCGCUCUUCUACGGAUACAAGGCGACCAUCUUCCGCGACCUGCCCUUCUCCGCGCUGCAAUUCGCCUUUUACGAACGGGAACACCGGAUGGCGAUCGACUGGAUGGGCUCGCGGGACAUCGGAUUGGGACUGGAGAUCUUGACAGCGGCAACAGCCGGCGGGAUGGCAGGCGUGAUCACCUGCCCGAUGGACGUGGUCAAGACGCGCGUGCAGACGCAGAAGAACCCCGAAACCACAGCGACAGGCCCCGCCAAACCGGCUUGCGAACCCGCCUCCACCAAGGAAACGCCCCGACAACACCAACACCACUCCACAUCUACUACCUCAUCGAGUUUGCGGGCACACUCACGGUACAUCUCCCACUCGUCGCCGUCGACGUCGGUGCCGCCGCCCGGCACGCCCCGUCUGGACACCUCGUCGUUCUUCACUGGUCUGAAGAUGAUCUACCAGACGGAGGGGGUCGCCGGGUGGUUCCGCGGGGUGGGGCCUCGAGGCGUGUGGACGAGCAUCCAGAGCGGAACGAUGCUGGUCUUGUAUCAGUAUCUGCUGAAGCAGCUGGACAGCUAUCAGAGCGUGGGGGAGACGACCCCUCUAUAGUCCUUCCUUCUUCCCUCAGGUUGACAGGGGUGCGACAUGCAGUGUAGAUAGACGUGGACAGGCGUUCCGGUGGGGUUGUGGCAUGACUUGGUUUUUGUUUGAUUUGGAUCUGGACACGAUCUUUCUCCCUUCCCUUUCUUUCUGUUUUCUUUCAGGGUGUCAUGUUUGAUAGUGAAACCCCUUGUAUACAACGUUUGGGAGAUUUGUACGGCUUACAUAGAUCUUAGACUAGGAUAAUCAUGCCAAUGUAUUAUAUGUUAGACUUAGC